AUGAUGAGCGAUCCAGAGAUAGAAGGGGAAUGCAGUGACCUUUUCAAUCUUACUCACCAAUAUGACGAAUAUAUUUUUUGUAUUUAUAACGACGUGGAUUCGGGUAUCCCUCUCGAAGAAGUUAUACCAGCUGGAUUCGUAUAUGUCUUCACUCUUCUUCUGGGCGUCGUUGGAAAUGCCUUAGUGAUAUUCUGCAUCGUUCGACACAAAGGCAUGAGGAGUAUCACCAAUAUAUUCCUACUAAGCCUUGCAACAGCUGACCUUAUGCUUGUACUCAUCUGUGUACCUGUGAAGGGAAUAGCUUUCUUCUCUUUUUCUUGGACGACGGGUAAAGUGAUGUGCAAACUUGUUCAUUAUGUGCAAAAUGUUUCGAUGAUAUGUUCUGUGAUGACACUGACUAUGAUGAGUAUAGAAAGAUACGUGGCAAUAAGAUACCCGUUAAAGGCUAAAUACCUUUGCACAUUGGUGCAUGCCAAAGUCGUCAUAUUUAGUGUUUGGUCACUGUCUUUCAUUCUGGCUGUACCAAUACUUUUUGGACAGAAAUUGGUUGAAGGUGGCGUUCUUCAGAAAGGUUAUACUUGUAUCAAAGAAUGGUCCGAUCCAAUUUACAAGGAACUGUACGAAUUGUACAUGCUCAUUAUUAUGCUUAUCAUUCCGACCGGCGUAAUGAUCGUUGCAUACACAGGAAUCUGUUGGGAAAUGAUUACAGUCACGGCCAGAAGAGCAGAUAUGAGAAGCGGCAGUCUUUCAGAAACAACCCCUCCAAGCGAAAAGAUGGAUCAAACAAGAAAAGGUGUGUUUAAAGGAAACAGAAAAUCCAGUUCACAAACUAAAACGAAAAAGAAAUCAGUUGAAGAUGAUAAAACUAAAAUGCAGGUUGUGAAAAUGCUGGUGGUUGUUGUCUUCUUAUUUGUUCUUUGCUGGGCUCCAAUUCUCAUCAACAAUGUGCUGGUUGGAUUUAACAUUUUACCUCUUCUGCACUAUGGAAGUCUGAAACCAAUGCGUAUGACAUUUCAUUUGCUGUCCUACUUCAACAGUUGCAUUAAUCCCGUUGUCUAUUCGUUUAUGUCGCGCAACUUCCGUGAGUCAUUCAAGCAAACGUUCCGCAAUCUCUGUUGUGGCAAAAAACCAUUAGCUGAAGGAAAUACCCGCUAUACAAGAGUUGGGACCAUGUCGUUCGCUACACGAACUACUUCGGUAAACAGAAGCCGAAAAUAUCAGAACAGAACUGAUAGCGACAAAGUGGAUCAAAGUAACUCAAGUUCAGAUAAUGUGAAAAUUACCUUGGCCCCGCCGAACUAUGAAGACGUUGAGGCUUCAUAG